CGGCAAUUAUCAACCAAUUUAAUAUUGACUCACAUAAUCCAAUAAUACAAAUUAUAUCUUAAUCAAUUAUUUUAUCAAAUAAAAAUGAUAAAUAGUAUUUGUAUUGAUAAACGCUAUAAUAAAACACGUUUUGAUAAAUAAUAUGUUUUAUCAGAAUUAUUGUUACUAUCAUGGCCGUCGUACGAAGUUGGAUUUAUUCUUUAUUUCUCAUAUUGUCAGUCAACGCAGUAUGGAGUCACAUUCCUUACUACAACUCUGCCGAGCCCGACGCACCAGCAUAUGUAAGCGGUGUUCCAGGCACCAAGAUGAGUGCCGUGACUGCAGCCAGCCGACUGAGCGCUGUGCGUGAAGUCAUGAAAUCGAAGGGAGUUGACGCCUACAUAGUACCAACUGCUGAUGCUCAUAAUUCCCAAUACAUAUCUCCGGCCGAUGCCAGGAGGGAAUGGCUGUCUGGUCUCCGUGGUUCCUCAGGAACAGCGCUGGUGACUGCCAAUUUGGCACUGGUCUGGACUGACGCGAGAUAUUGGACACAGUUUGAAGAGGAAGUCGACGGGAACCUCUGGUGGUUGAUGAAGCAGGGAGUUGAUGAAUCCCUACAGCAGUGGCUUGUCAGCAACAUGGCACCAAAUUCAGUGGUUGCAGUGGACCCCACCACCUACACUCGGAGUGCAUGGAGAACUCUUGAAUCAGCGUUAGAGGCUGUCAAUGUACGAUUACUUGCUUUCUACGACAACUUGGUAGAUGAAGCUCGGAGGCAGCUGGAUGAUGGCCCUCCAGAGAGGUCCAACAAUCCACUUAUACCUCUCUCUUUAGAAUUUACGGGAGAACUCGCGAGUACUAAGAUUUUAGGCCUAGUUUCGCAAAUGGAAGAAAGAGGCGCCACCGCGCUUCUUCUAACUGCAUUGGAUGAUAUUGCAUAUACUCUCAACCUACGUGGGUCAGACAUACCAUAUAAUCCUGUUUUCUUUUCCUAUUGCCUCAUACGAAGACGUGAGAUCGCCGCGAUUGACUCAGUAAUAAAUUUUACAGAAGUUGCUUUAUUUUGGGGUAAAGGUGUUUUACCUGAGAACAUCCAGAAUCACCUGACUACAGAGGCAGAAGGGAUCAUAUUGUCUUCUUUUCCUUACGAAGAUAUAUUUAGUUUCCUUAGAAUGAUGUCUACUAAUACUGAUGCCGAAGAGACUGUCUGGUUGUCUGAUGAAGCAAGCCACGCCAUCUUAAUGGCUUUAGAGGCGGGAUCUGCUCAUAUAAUAUCGACAUCAAUAUCUCCUGUUGCGCUGAAGAAAUGCGUGAAAAACGACAUUGAACUAGAGGGAUUCCGUGUAGCUCACAUCAAAGAUGGAGUGGCAGUGGUCCGCGCCCUGCACUGGGUCGAGAAAAUGGUGAACUCGGGCGAGGAAGUCACUGAGAUGGAUCUUUCAAACAAAUUGGUUGAAUUUAGAAGUGAUGAAAAGAAUUUCGUGGGGCCAUCGUUCUCUACCAUAGCCGGGGCGGGAAGUAAUGGGGCUAUCAUCCAUUACAGCCCCCAGAGCACGGGGCCACAGAGGGUGAUUAAACCGGAUGAUAUGCUGCUGGUAGACUCAGGAGGACAGUAUUUUGACGGUACCACAGAUAUAACAAGAACUCGCCAUAUGUCUGGAAAUCCCACACCUGAACAGCGACUAGCGUUUACUCGAGUUUUAAAAGGACAAAUCAAUUUGGCAACCACGAUUGUACCAAGAGGCACUUUAGGUAAUGUUAUAGAGGUAUUAGCCCGUAAAUUCCUUUGGGAUGUUGGCCUAAACUAUGGCCAUGGCACAGGACACGGCGUCGGCCAUUUCCUUAAUGUCCACGAAGGUCCAAUUUGGAUCCUAAGCGGACCAACUGCUGACGACCCUGGGAUUGCUCCCAAAAUGAUUUACAGCAAUGAGCCGGGUUAUUAUGAAGUUGGAGAAUAUGGUAUCCGUCACGAAGACCUGGUGGAAACCGUUGAAAUGAACAGGGAAGCUGAUCAUAUUCUUGCCUCAGGUUUGGUGGGUAACUUCGCUGGUCGCGGUGCGGUUGGCUUCCACACGAUAUCCUUAGCACCACAUCAGGUAGCCUGCCUGGAUGUAGACCUACUUACUGAUUUUGAGAUAAAAUACUUAAACGAUUAUCACGAACGAGUGUUCAAAACGCUGGGUCCUAUUUUAAAAGAAAGAGAAUUGACGGACGUCUAUGAUUGGUUAGAAAAGGAAUGCGCGCCAAUUAAACGUAGCGCCAGUAAUGCCGCCAUCUUUGUUAAUUCGACACCGUUUUUGGCGGGAAUUAGCGCUGUCGUUAUUUGGUUAGGUUAUUAAUAAAUUAUUGUAAAAUAAAAUAAAAUGAUACUUUUAUAGUACUUAAUUGUAAUAAGUAUAUUGUAUUUUUGAC